AACCCACGGCAAUUGAAAUACGGAAUGACUGCCUCUAAUCAGGCCGUUCAAGGUCGUUGAAACAAAACGGCGGACAGAUUCGAAGGAGCCUACCGUUCAUACCUUGCCUUUUCCCCGUGCCUGUAUUUAUGACCUCACUCUAUUUUUAGCACAAUGGAGGAUAGUAUGAGUCGUUUGCUUAUGCAAUCAACUUUAAUGGGGACUAUCGUUACAACAAUUGGUAAUCAUUUGUCGAAACUACAAUCUAAUUCACGUUUGCUUGAAAAGUUGCUAUGUUUUCUGUUCAAAAAUAAUGAUUUGGAAAGUGCUCAAAAUGUAUCGGUCACGGAAUUAUUAAACCAAAAGUUCACUGUUGAUUCAGUUCAAAGUGCUGGUGAAUUGUAUGUCUCACAAAAAAGCAGUGACCUAGCAAAAUGGCUAGAGUUAACUGUCAUCCGUAGUCUUGAACAGCUUGAAUCCACAAAACGUGAAUCGGUGUGUUACAAGAGGACUAGCACUACUGUUCCACUUGAUAAGCAACUGUCUCAUAUAAGAAGUUUUCUUGAAAUCAGCAGGAAAAGAAAACAUCUGUUUGAUCUUUCUUCUGAGCUUCAAAACUUAAAACGCAUUCAACUACAAAAAUGUAAUGUGUCAAGAGAUUUUUUAAAUGCUGAACUUCAAUUAACGCUACAGACAAAGGUCCACUACAUGAAGCACCGUAUCGGGAAGUUAAAGUUGGACGUAGAAUGUAACAAAACAAACCUUUUUGAAUAUGAAUCACUAGGCACAGAAAUAGUGAAUAUUGAAAGUCUUUUGAGAAAGAAACGGGAAACGAUUCGCCGUUUGCAUGAAGAAAAUGAAAAGCUGUUAGAUAACCUCCCUUUAUUAUGUCGUGAGACGAAACAAAUUAAGCAACAACUAUCGGGUCAGAUAAUUGAUACACAUAAAGUGGCGCAUGAACUAACAAGCAACAAUCUACUGCAGGAUUUUAAUGAAAGGAUUCAAGAUAUUUCAUUCGACAGAAGAACAUUUACCAGUGGUAAUACUUACGUCGACACUCUACAUGCUGACAGUCUAUACAUAAAUUGCUGUAAUUUAUAUUCUCUUGAUCCUAAUCUUAAGAUUCCAGAUGUCCUGCUGAAAUGUAUUCUAACACAAAUCAAAGAAAGCUGGCUAGCUGAGAAUAGUUUAAAAUUGUUACACUAUCUUUUGAUGAAUUUAAACAAAGAAAUUCUCAUUAGUGAAAAACUGCAAAACUACGACGUGACGUUUAAGGCUAAAGAGCUAAAACAUUUACUUCCUUGUGUUACAAAUUUAGAAGAAUUAUCGAAAGAAAUAAAACAGCGCAUGUCAGUAUGCAUUGAAUUACUGUCCGACUGUUAAUUCUAUAUCUCCGAGAAGUAAAUAAGACUUUAUAUGUGAAGGAUGAACCUGUAAAAGAAAGUCACACAUAUGAGAGAAAUAACAAAUUUUUGUCACAAAGUACAUCAAUCAUUGCUCUUUAGAUAUGAUCACACAGAUAACCAAAAUGAACAAUGACAAAAGAGGUUUAUCAGUUUUCAUCUUUCGUUUAAUUCUGUUGAUGUGGUUUAAGCACUUAACUUUCAGCUGUAGUACGAAGCACUAAACAAUUUUUUCAGCCAUUUAACAAGCAGAAUAAAAAAAAUUAAUUAAAAUUAAACUAGUUAGGACUAAAAUAUUUAUUCAAUCACUCCAAUAAUUCACAUUGACUGAAUGGUUUUCGGUGCAUAAAACUAAUAAAUAUAAAUCUAAAUUUACCUUGAUAAGAUGAAGUGCGAGA